GCUUCGCUCACAACUGAAUAAACUUUUGUCACAUGCAGAUUGCAGAAUGCGCCUGCCACUUUCACAAAGCUUCGACCUCACAUUGUCGCGCGCGACAAUAGAAGCUCUGACCACCACCACCAACCUCUCGCCACACACCGUGAGCAGCAAACUUUCGCCGCCGUCUUCUGCCAUCCACUCGUCUCCCCGCGAAACUGCCAUUGCGACUGAAUGCCACCACGGCUUUCUCCUCGCUGUAUUCGGCAUCGCAACACCAAGAAAUCGCGACCACCAGCUAAUCCCUCUCCAUCAGUCAACCACACCGACAUCGCCAUGGCCGACGUCGUAGACCCACGCACACCGGUCGCCGACAUCGCCAUCCUCGCGACUGACGACGGCACGUUCACCCUCGACCGCAACCUCCUAGCUGGACGCGGACCACUCUUCACAGUAUUCUUCACCCAAAAAAGCACAAAACUCCGAACCACACAGAUCUUCCUCCCCGAAGCUUCCCCAUACAUUUCCGACGGCUCGGGAGCCAUAGCCGACUACAUCGAAUAUGUCAAGAAUGGCGGAACGUUCCUCCCAGUUUUGGCGGGCAGCGAAGAUAAGCACGCGCCGUACGAAGAGCAGCUUGAUCACCUGAUCGACCUGUAUCUCUACGCCUCGCAGAUCGAGGAUACGAAGGCGCAAGAUGACACGAUGGAUUGCCUGCUCGCCACGUACAGAGACGGAGGUGUAGGUGGAUUUCCGUGGAUGCCAGACUCGGAGACCAUAGCGCGAAUCUAUGACGCCAGCCCAUUGGCUCCGACUCUUCGAAAAUUCUUGAUCGACGUGCACAUGUGGGCCGGUGAGGUGGGUUCGAAGGAGGAUCGCAAGCAUGAAGGCUUCCUCAGAGAUCUCAAGGCUAGAGUCUUGGACGAGGUGAUGGGUCCCGGGCAUGGUGGCGAUCUGUAUGACAGCACCUCGAAGUAUAUGCAAAUUCUGGCUGCCAAGGGUAAUCACAGAAUGGCGAAGAAUAAGAAGAAGGAAGCGAUUCCGGCCGGUAUUAAGUGCUGUGAUUACCAUAAGCAUGGUCCUGGAGAGGAGUGUGUCAAUAAGAAGCGGAAGAGGCCGGUGGAGGUGUUGGAUGAUAGCGACGAGGAGGUGCAGAGCGUGAGACCGCCGACGAAGAAGAUCAUGACACCCAUGAAAUCUGAGAGGUAG